UUGCAGCUGUCGUGACCCACAUGAACGCUGACCUGAACGGAGUAGAGCCGCCUGUUUCUGUGACCAAAAACCUUAUUGGUUCAGACCCCGGAGGCUUCGACCUGAUCCUGCUGGGUGACAUGUUCUACGACGAGCCGCUCGCCAACAGCCUCCAGGGCUGGCUGGACCGCUGCGUUGGGACCCACGGCACCCGGGUCCUGAUCGGAGAUCCCGGGCGGGCUCAGUUUGAGGGRCACGACGUCAGAAAGUCCCUGCGUCACCUGAGCCGGUUUGAGCUACCUGACUGUGUCAGAGAGGAGAACUACRGUCUGACCUCCAGUGAUGUUUGGUGUUAUCAUCCUGAGUUCAGUUCUGAGGACUAAAGUGGAUCCUAUCUAAAAUACCCACAAUGAGACAAUAAAGCUUGUCAGACCACUGACUUUAUAAAAAAAAUCUAUGGCCUACAAAGACAAGAUGUUGCAUCUGGAACUUUGAUUCUUGUCCUCUGCUUACAGCAGGUGUUAUCAAACUAGACAAAAUAAAGGUAUUUACUUCUCAGGGUCAGCUGCUAAGGCUCAAAACAUUUCUCACGGGUAAAAUAUUUUGGUUUCUCACCGUCUUGUAGGCGCCAGGCUCAGCUGUUGCCUCACUGUUUGCUGUGCUGGCUUUUUGGUUUCAAUUAUUAUUAUUAUAAAGUAUAAGAAAAAAAACAUUUUUUAUUCAGACGGACCUUGAGUUUGACAUGUGUCCUGUUAUAUAGUGUUGAAGUGUCCUCCUCCAUGGCGGUAGUCUCUCCUUCCCCUGAGAUAGGCGUCYGCCUCCUUUUCCUUUUUUGGAGGAGCUUUAGAUCAAUUGUAAUGGUGUUUUCUUUCCAUUUGCUCUUGGGCUCCCCUGGCAGCUUUCCAAUUCUCGAGCAGCCAAUUCUCACUCUCAACUCGUCACAUAUUGACACUUUUCCCCAAGGUUCCCUCUGUGUCCAGUUUUGAUGCAUCGGGUACCCCUCUCACAUCAGCUAUUGACAAGAUGGGGUGGAAUCCGUUAUCAUUUCAGAAAGUGUAGAAAAUGCACAAAAACUAACUGUCCCAAAGCCUAAUAUUACCUGUAUUCGCUCUAGACAUCCUGUCCCUGACCCAAGUACAUAAAAUUAACCAUCAACCCUGAUCACUAAAAUUAACCAUCAACCCUCAUCCCUAAAAUUUACCAUCAACCCUCAUCCCUAAAAUUAACCAUUUUUAGAAAGUGUAGGAAAUUCACAUCAACUACAUGUCCCAAACCCUAAGAUUACCUAAUAUUCGCCCUAGACAUCCUAUCCCUGAAUCCACUACCUAAAAUUAAACAUGAACCCUGAUCCCUAAUAUUAACCACGGACCCCAACUCAAAGACUUCUAUAUUUUGCGUCCUAACGCGUCAAAACUGGAUGCUGAGGGAAUACGGAAAUGCCUGGUGCAUCAAUAAGUGACAGAAUGGGUUACCCAAUGCGUCAAAAUAAGACGCAGAGGGAACCUUAGAAAAGCAUGACGAGUCGGGAGUGAGAAUGUGUUACCUCGAGACAUUAUUUUCUCUUUUCUGGGAUCUGAUCUUUUACACGAUUGAAACCAAAAUCGGCCUAUGCAAAGAAAAAUUAAAGACCUUUUAAAGCUGAA